UCUAAUUUUAAUGCUCCUGUCACGAGGGUGGGUGGAAAUAAAGCUGCUCCCCCUUGCUGUGUGUGUGGGGCAGCCCUAAUUCUUCUCUGAGUGUGUAUCUAGGGAAGAUCAAGCAGCUGAAAAGUGGAAUAGCAAGCGGGUGUGGUGAAGGGAUUGCUAUAGCUGACCUGUCAAAUCGGAGAGAUGGGUAGAAAAGGCUCCUCCGAUUAGCUGAUUGGAAAGGAACAGGAGAGGAGAUUGAUCGUUGCAGAUACUGGGAAAACGGAGGCUAGAAGAUGCUCUAAGAAGGUACCAAGUAAUCAGCUCUAGACAACCAAGAAGAUGAGCAACGAAACCACCCCUGAGGCCAUCUCUUCCCCACCCCCGCCUGGGCAGCGAUACUUCGACAGAUUCUCUGAAGAUGACCCCGAGUACCUACGGAUCCGAAACAUGGCGGCAGAUCUCCGGCAGGACUUCAACAUGAUGGAGCAGAAGAAACGGGUCACCAUGAUCCUCCAGAGUCCGUCUUUCAGGGAGGAGCUGGAGAGCCUUAUCCAAGAGCAGAUGAAGAAAGGGAACAACUCUUCCAACAUCUGGGCCCUCCGGCAGAUCGCAGACUUCAUGGCCAGCACUGCUCCCUCUGUCUUCCCCACGUCUCCACUCAAUCUGUCCACAGUAACACCCAUCAAUGACCUCCAUGGCACCGACUCCAUGUCCUUAGUGAAAGGAGAGAGGCUUAUGAGGUGCAAGAUCAGCAGCAUCUACCGACUGCUAGACCUCUAUGGCUGGGCCCAGAUCAGCAGCACCUAUGUCACGCUGCGCGUCAGCAAAGAACAGGAUCAUUUCUUGAUCAGCCCCAAAGGCCUUUCCUGUAAUGAAAUCACAGCAUCCAGCUUGGUUAAAGUAAACAUCCUGGGUGAAGUGGUGGAGCAGGGCAGCACCAAUUUUGCAGUGGACACACGAGGAUUCAGCUUACACUCAGCCAUUUAUGCGGCCAGACCAGACGUGAGAUGCAUUAUCCACUUGCACACGCCUGCCACCGCUGCGGUGUCUGCCAUGAAAUGUGGUGUUCUGCCUAUAUCUCAUGAUGCAUUGCUGGUGGGCGAUAUGGUGUAUUUUGAUUUUAAUGGUGAGAUGGAGGAAGAGGCAGACAGGAUUGAGCUACAGAAGUGCCUUGGACCAACCUGCAAGAUCCUGGUACUGCGAAAUCAUGGAGUAAUUGCUUUGGGAGAUACCGUGGAAGAAGCAUUUUAUAAAAUCUUUCACAUGCAGGCAGCUUGUGAGAUACAGGUCUCAGCCUUGUCUAGUGCUGGAGGAACUGAGAAUCUGAUUGUGCUGGAGCGGGAGAAGUACAGACCCCACGACGUUGGGUCAGUCCGAUGGGCUGGGAGCAUGUUUGGACCCAUGCAGAAGAGCCGCCUUGGAGAGCAUGAGUUUGAAGCUCUUAUGAGAAUGCUAGACAACCUGGGUUAUAGAACAGGCUACACGUAUCGUUACCCAUUUGUCCAGGAGAAAGCCAAACAUAAAAGUGACGUGCUAAUCCCUGCCACUGUCACAGCAUUCAUCUUUGAUGAGGAGGCUGCUCCCAUCUCCACCCUCCGACAGCAUGCUCAGAAACAACAGAAGGAGAAGACCCGCUGGCUAAACACGCCCAACACUUAUCUUCGAGUCAAUGUUGCUGAUGAGAACCAGGGAAAUGUGGGCACCCAGAGGAGCAAAACCACGUGGAUGAAGGCUGACGAGGUGGAGAAAGGCAGCAGUGGGACCCCCAUCCGAAUUGAAAACCCCAACCAAUUUGUGCCUCUCUAUACCGAUCCACAGGAAGUGCUGGAAAUGAGAAACAAGAUUCGAGAACAGAACCGCCAGGAUGUGAAAUCAGCAGGACCCCAGUCUCAGCUGCUAGCCAGCGUGAUAGCAGAGAAGAGCAGAAGUCCGUCUACAGAGAGUCAGCUGGCUUCCAAAGCAGACAUGGAGACAAAGGAUGGACUCCAGGAGGAGAUACCUGCUGAGCCAGAACCCCCCAACCCAUUCAGCCAGCUAACAGACCAGGAGCUAGAGGAAUACAAGAAAGAAGUGGAAAGAAAGGAACUGGGACUAGACGGUGAGAAAGACACCAGCGUGGAGGAAUCUCUGGCUUCUCCUGGAAGGUCUCCAUCAGCUUCCCCAGUGCAAAGCCCCACAAAGUCUCCAAUCAAGAGCCCACCCCUAUCCCCCACAAAGUCUUCAGAUGGCGAGAAAAAGGCCGACUCCAGCCAGCCACCCGAUGAUACCACCGCUGUUGUCCAGAAGGAACAGCAGGAUGCGGUGGUGGUGAACGGAAAAGAUGAUGACCAAACUGCAGAAGAAAUCCUAAGCAAAGGAAUAAGCCAGAUGACCACUAAUGCAGAUGCUGACACAGACGCCCCUAAGGACAAAACAGAGUCGAUCACCAGUGGCCCUGUGUCCCCAGAAGGCUCGCCAUCCAAAUCUCCCUCCAAGAAGAAGAAGAAAUUCCGGACCCCCUCCUUCCUGAAAAAGAGCAAAAAGAAGGAGAAGGCCGAAUCUUGAUUCCUCUCCAGGCCCCUUCCUCCUGCUCCUUCCCACCUACUCCCCUACCCACCAAGGUCACCGGAGCAGUAGAGGGAGCUCCUAACCACAGCUAACAACUGCCUCACUUCGGAUGGUUUGUGCUGAGGUAGAACCAGGCGCUGAGAGACUCGGAAAGACUCUUGUGUAAUGCACAUGGAGACAAAACCUACGCUUUGGAGGAUAUGUGGCGAAUUUUCUGGGUGCUCAUGGCGCAAGAUGUACCGUUCCCCGUUAACCUGCUGUUGACCGCUUUUUGAGGAAGUAACCAAGCUUAAAAAUGACUGUGGACCUGAUUUUUCUGCUUGAUGAGCUAGUCACAAAUUAUUUCUCAAGUGAUAAAUCUACUCUCUUUUUUCCUUCCCCCCAGUUCCACCUUGUCACAGCACUUAUAAUCCAAGUCAUUUCAGCUUGUGUGGGCUGAGGUCUUCCCACACGCUGCUUUCUUCACAGCACAGGUGGCCACCUUUAGAAACAGUUUUGUGUGCAGAGUUGAGAACACACCUCAUGACACAUGAUGGCACAGCCAGGAUGCACUGGAUUGAUUGACCAGUUUUUUUCCAAGCCUUCCAAGCAGUCCCAGCUAGUCAUGUGGCUGCAAUUGGUUGUGUAACUCAAAGGGUGACAGUACAAUUUUAUCCAAAUCAGAAGUGGGCAGGAUUGAUCUCCAAAGAAGCAAAGGGCAGGGGAUGAGCCCAUGAUCUUUUGCUUCCUGGGCGGCAAUCUUCCAAUGAAGCCAACAAGCCAUUUUCAAAGUUUUUUUCUGCGUGGAGUGGUGACAAGAUAUCUUAGGCUUUGUUUGCUGCAGCAUGGAAUGAAAUAGGAAAUUAGGCCACUUGAAAAGGAGUAUUGUGUUCUGGGGAAUAUGCAGGUCCCUGCCCAACAACAUCAAGCAAGCUCUUGUGUCCUGCCAUAAAGACCAUGGUGGAAACGGAGAGGGAGAAAGCCUUGAGAAACCAUCUGUUCUGUUUAAAACCAAGGAAACUACAGUCACUAAGUGCUACUUUGUCAGUUUGGCAUAAACUCACGCUGCCAGUCCCCCUCCUGUGAUAGCUGCUGCAGAACCGAAAAGCACCACAAAAGGCGAAGCCUGUAGAAAAUGUGACUUUGCUCUUCCUCGCUGCAGUGCUAAUUAAUAACAACCUUGUCACACUUGGAUGGGGCUGUGACAUGGAGACCUGUUAGUGCUUUUCAUUACAUUCGCUGGUUUAGCCUGUGCCAUUCCAACCUGGUGCGCAAAGGAUGCGUGCGAGAAUGGCAAUGCCCAAUGCGCUAGGUGCUGUACCAACACAGAACAAAAGAUCUGCCCCUAACUAGAGAUGAGUGACGCCCCACUUCCCACAUCCAAGCACCCUUCAACUUCCUGAAUUCAGCACAGAGGAUGGAGAAGGCAUCUUUAACUUACCCCCCCACAAGGCAACUACUUCAGUUUACUAAGCUGUAGGACACUGUGUUCAAUAACAAGGUUCUUAUGAUAUAAAACAGCCAAAGCCAAAAUCCAGCUUGCAGGUUCAAAUGUGCUAGAUAUGCUUUUACCUUAGCUAUAAAAUAACACAAAAUCAAUAUACGCCACCACUCCUUUCACUUGUGCAUUUUGGUUCUACACUGAAAUGCCAUGCUGGAUGUUGGCUUUAAUGUCAAUGCCAAUUAAAGGUCUGAUUUUCAGCCCUUGUACAUUGAACUACCAUUGAAAUGAAUGGGAAUUUGGCCUAUACAGGAAGGCAAAACUGGGGUACAGUAGUCCACCUUUCAAAGCAACCUUGGUUAUAGAUAUUAUUGUUAAGUUAUAUGAGCAUUAUAAAGCUGGUCACCAAAUGAGAUCAGGGAGAAACUCUUCUUGGAGCUCCCAGGGGAAAGAACUGAAGGUACAAUGAAAGGGUAUUUAUUCCUUCCUCUCAAAUAUCUGACAUUGUCCCCUCUUGGAGUUGGACUCCUCAUCCUCAUGGAUCAUUGAUCUGUUACGGUUACGUUCCUAUGAAACAUCAUGAUUGUAUGUUCAGCACUGGUUAUGGAUAAGUUUGCAUGGAAAAGCAGAAAGGCCUGAAUGACUAAACCUGAGUUGCACGUAGGCUGCUUUGAAAGCCACAGGGAGUUUUCCUGUGCCCCACAAAUGUUUUACAAGCUUCUGCUAAAAUAGCAUGAAAGAGGCCUUACCCAAAUUCCCAGAUCUGAACAUCGUAGAGUGCCAGUGAAGCCUGGAUCUGAACCCUUCUUUUAUACCUCAAGACAAACUCAGAUAAUAGCCCUUGGACUUGACCUUAAGCUGGAACUGAAAUUGUGUUGCUAAAUAUUAAGUAUUGAACAGACAUGUGUCUUCCUAACCAAUGGCUCAUUGUACAUUCAUGUUAGCCUCUGAACACCCACUACACCUAUGGAAACUGUGAUUCUGCUAUCUUUCCAUUGACUUUCAAGGCUUUUGGAACUUGCUGUGGCAUCAGCAUUGAAGAGCAGAAUAGAUGUUGGUGACAGUGGGAGCUGUGGGUGCUCAAAACUGUUCAGAAUGAGCCUUAUGAUGAGGCACAGAGAAGGUUUCAUUUCCAGGCACAAACAUGAAGAAGCCUAACGCACCACUUCCCUUAGGACAUAAAAAGACCCACGUCAGUGAGGAAGGGCCAGAGCUUCUGCUGCCUUUUAGUUUCACUGUUCUGAAAAGAUGCACUCAAGUUAAUAGGGAACAAUGACCCCCUGCAAUUACAUGCUAUUCGCUUACUGGUUUUUCAUUUAUAAGUUUACAUCUGCUCGCAAUAACACUUGCACCAUGUAAUCUGCCAGGCAUAAAUAACCAUGUAAUUAUCUUGAAAUAUACCCCUAAUUAUCACUGCAAUUACAGAACUGAUCUAUGGUUAUUUGUUCCCUGAAAGGCGGGAGUGCAGAUCUCAGUGUGAAGCAAUGACAGCAUUGCUUUGGGUCUCAUUUUGUCAUCGCAACCUCUUCUGAGUCUUAGAGAAGGCGGUUCCUGAGUCAGGAGCAGCAUGGUGCUGCUGUGCCCCCAGACCUAUCUGAGUCCCACCUGAAUCUCUGCUUCCUCUGUGGAGUGGGGAAAGAAGACAUCUGUCCUACUGUUCAGGCAGCUUGUUUCUCUCUGCACGCUGAUUCAGCUAUGCUGCCUGCUUCACUCACUCCCUGCCUACCUGCAUAAGCAAAGAAGGAGCAGCCUGGUGGUGGCUGCAUCCCCAUGGUACAUGGCCUGGGUAUGCAGUUGCAAUAUCUAGGGCUAUCAGGGGCCUUACACUGACAGGCAGCCAGGCUCAGGAUGCUACCUGGCAGGGCAUGGAGGGCUGCUGUUUUGCGGUGGGGAGAGCUUGUUUAAGUUCUCCCUUAGUCUGAAGUUCUUAUUUGCAAGGUCACACCCACGGUUAUUCGGUGAUUUGAGCAGCCACCCAGAAACGUGCUGUAACAGUUGCAGAGGACUUUUCACCCCACAUAGUUUAGUAUACUCUGCUCCUUGGACUCCAAGGAUUUUGUUCUCACUCUCACAUUCACAGCCAGAGGCCUGCACCAUGAACCAUCCCAAAUAGGCCCCUCCUUUGUCUUGUCUUAAGCCAGUAUUUUAAAGUAGUCCCAAAGCUUCCUGUUCAAAUUUGUUUGCUAGAUUUAUUAUUAUUUUUUAAUAAAAACCCUGGGCCCAAUUCAGCACUGGAAUAAGCAGGCGCAAAACAUAUCCAUCACUGUCUUACCAGAUUCUCCCCUUACCAGUGUUGUGUGAUGCUGUUGAAGCUUAUGGAGUUAUUCAAACCAAAGGAAGGUGUGAAUCCAGCACCCACUGAAGUCAGUGAUUCACAGCAGGAACUGGAUCUCAGCAGAGGGCAGGGUGAAGACCACUGUAUUUGCUGAGAUAUGCAUUCACUCACAAGAGGCUUGGUCCCAUCUGUGGUAGGCAGCUAAGUUUGCUGAUGCCUUGAGACAUGUCACUCCCAAUAGGUUUUGGUCCAGAAGGCCACUCUAUUUACCUUAGUCUCUAUAAAGUAUCAUGGCAUUGGCCUUGCACAUGUUAAAUGCCAAAUACAACAGGAAAAUAAAUGUGUGUCACCUGGGAUUGUAGUUGCAAGAUGGUACAUGCAUUGGCACAUCUUGUGAUCAGCUUGAUUCGGAGAUAAAAUCCAGGCAAGCGUUUUCUGAACUUUUGGGGCCUAUAACCCCGCUCCUAGGUUUAUGACAACACUCCCAGUCAGCAUGCAACCUCUUAUCUUCCCAACUGCACUUCUAUGGGGCUUGUGACCCCACUUGUAUGUACCAUGACCCCAGUUGGGGUUGUGAUCCUUAGCUUGGGAAUUACUGAUCUAGACACCAGCUGUGCUCUGGAAACAGAUGUCACAGGAAAUCAGUGCUCCCCCACACACAACCAUGCAAGUCCUAGGUAAGAGCAGCUCUGCAAAGAAAUCAUUGCAGGGGGAAUGGUGGAAUGAGAAAAAUGGCAGCAGCAGGGUGGCUACCGCAAUGGAAACAGGUGACAGCUUAUAGCAGUGGAUAUCCCAAAUGGCAUCAGAUUUCCCUUUCUGAUUGAUGGGUGAGCCUGCCUCCAUCCUUCUGGUUUGAAAAUGCAGCUCUUUAUGCUUUGCCUGUCACAGCAGAUGGGCUGAGGGCAACAAUUCACUCUCAUGUGGAGGAGCCCAGGGGAGCCUGCCCAGUGUACAAACGAUAACCAAACUAAGUAUGGUACAAUGUUCUAUAUAGCAGUUGGGCUGUUAAAGUGAAAUGUCUGUGUCUGACAAUCGUUGCUUGAAAGUGCUCUAUCAUGUCUCCGUCUGUAAAUAUGCCCCCGUGUUUGGCCUUUUGCUAAUAUUGUGAAGUUUACCGUUGGGUUCUGGUGUAAAUAACUUUCUUGCUACCUAGGCUCUGGUAACUUGUAUCUGUGCAUUACUACUUGAAAGCCUCUAUUUUUUUGCUGUGGGUCUACUCUUUUCUCCACACUUGGGGACAUCCAGAUUUUGGGUUUCCAUUGCCGUUUUCCAGUUAUUUUUUCUUUUCUUUUUACUCUGUAUCGGUUUUGGCUUGUAACCUUUGGGUGCCCAUCCCACUGGCUUCACGCAGACCCUCGCAGCGGGACCUGGGAGACUUUUGGCCCCGCGGGGUGGGAGUCCUGCUAGGAUUGCAUGUCCCUGCAUCCAGACAACUGUAUUACGCUCUUCGUGGCUGAGUGGAUAUUCCUGUAUCGAAGCAACCCUGGGGCCAAGCUCUCUCUGGGGGACAAGUGAGCUGCCCCCAGGGUCAGGACCAGAGGCUUGUUGUCCCCUUGCUAUCCCCCUUUUGAGAACAGCAGCAAACAGAAUAAACUUUCACGGUAACACUC